GUGGCUUUAAUGUCUGAUGUUUUUUCCUCUGUGACCGACAGGGAUCGCUAAAAGACAAGUGAGGACGCAAGAACAUGAAAGUGAAACCGAAAAGCAGACAGGUCUUCAGCACUAAAUCCAGAGGAAGAACUAAGUCAGAGUAACUGCGUCAUGAAGUUUAUCACAGACAUCACUAUCAUCAUUGAUGAAGCUGAUUACACAGAGCCUGGAAGAUUAAGGAAGAUUCUUAAAUCUUACAGUGCUGAGAAAGAUGGUUCCUGCUACAGAGUGGGAGGAACCUUUGAGGAACUGGAAGACCUUUCAGUCAGACUAUCAGCAGUAAAACAUUCCAUCAGUUCUGCCACACAUGGUCAGCUAGAUGCUUCAACUCAUAUCAAAUCGAUUGAUGUAUCUGUGGUUGUUAUGACCUACAUUCAGCAAAAAUGUGCAAAAGAACUCAACAAAAUUCAAGGGAACAGUUUUGUCUUUGAAACCCAGCCAGAACAUAGAACAGUGAACAAUAAUCCCAGUGGCACAGUGCAGGUGAUUAUAAGACAACAGGGUGUCUCAGCACACCCUGUUCAUGCUGAUUAUGUCAGACAAAGAUUCAUCACAUUCUACCAGAGAACUGCCUCUGACCUGCAGGUCACUUCUGUCCCUGUGAUUCCACAACAACUGAAAGACCUGCAGAUGAGGUUUCCCAAAAUCCUUUUUAAACCCAGCCACGGAUAUCCAGAAACAGCUACAGGGCCCUUUCUGCACAUUGCUCAAUUGAAGAAGUUCCUUUUACAAAAUACACAACGUUCAAGCGAGAGUCCAGUGAACAAAGGUUCAACAGAAACCCCAAGCAGUAGAACCUGGGGUCCUCAGCCUAUACAAGACAAAGAUCCUGAAGAUGAAUUAUGUCCAAUCUGUAUGGAGCCAAUAGCGAUUAAGGAGAAGCAAACCCUGCAGUGCAAGCAUUCCUUCUGCAAAGACUGUUUUCAAAAAGCUUAUAAAUAUAAGCCUGUGUGCCCCACAUGUGGAAAGAUAUAUGGUACUUUGACAGGGACACAACCUGAUGGAGGCAAAAUGAAAACCUACAGAAACAGCUCGUCUUUACCUGGAUAUGAGAAAUAUGGAACAAUUACUAUCCACUAUGACGUUCAAAGUGGCAUCCAAGAGGAGGAGCAUCCUAAUCCUGGUCAGCCAUUUGAAGGUGUAUUCCGCACGGCCUAUCUCCCAGACUCCUCAGAGGGCAGGAGGAUCCUGGGACUGUUGAGACGUGCCUUUGACCAGAGACUCAUCUUCACUGUGGGUCGCUCCACCACCACUGGCAGGAACAACAUAGUCACAUGGAAUGAUAUUCACCACAAAACUUCAACACACGGAGGACCAACUUGCUAUGGAUACCCAGAUCCUGACUACCUCAGCCGAGUUGGAGAUGAACUGAAACUCAAGGGAAUUGACUGAGUUUCUGUAGAGUUUUUUAUCACAUGAAUAGACUAACAAGCUCAUGUCAUCUGUUAAAUUACAAUAUUAUCUCUUCAAAGUUAUGUAUAAACAUCUCCCAUCUAAAAACCCACAUAUAAAACAAAACAUAAGACUAUAUAGAAGGUAUAAUUAAUGUUAUUUUAAUAUCAUUUGAUGUUUAAUAAAUAAUGACAUCUCACAUUUAUCAACCACAGCUUCAGAUGUUAAAUUUUCUGUGCUGAUGACAGCCAGGGCCAAUAUGUUUUGUUUUUUCCGUCCGUCCUAUUCUUGUGAACGCGAUAUGUCAAGAAUGUCUUAUGGGAAUUUCUUCAAAUUUGACAUGAAAAUUCACUUAAAGGUGACCUGAUAGAUUUUGGUGGUCAAAGGUCAAGGUCACUAUGGCCUCACAAGUAAAUUAGUCGGUGAAAGUGAUAUCUCCAGAACACCUUGAGGGAAUCAUUUCACAUUCGGCACAAACAUUUCGUUGGACAUAAAAAUUUACUUAUUUGAUUUUGGUGGUCAAAAGGUCAGGAUCACUUGAGUUUACAUUGUUGUGAGUGUCCGAGGGGACAUACAUCAUUACAUCUGUAACAAUUCACUUAGUCACAGAUGAGCUGAUCGAUUUGGGUGGCUAUAGGUCAGGGUCACUGUAACAAAACCAGUUUUUGGUCUUGUGAAUGCAACAUCUUAGGAACUUUUUCUUAAAAUUUGGUUAAAACAUUAAUUUGGCCUGAAAGAUUAGAUUUAAAGGUCAUUGUGGCCUCAUAAAACAUCUUUUUGGCUUCUUUGACAGGAUAUGUCAAGGUCAUGUCUGACUUAAGGUAAUAUCUUUAUAAUUUAUCAGCGGUCAGAGGUCAUGGUAAUUGGAAAGAAAAAAAUAUUUAGACUGAAAUGCACUGGUGGACAGAGGCAUACAACCCAUUUCGCAGAUUUCUCUCAUAAUUCCUUAUUCCUUCUUUUUUUUUAUCUAUACUGUUUGAUACUAUAGAAAUGAUAUUUGGAAAAUGAAUGGCUAAAUCUACUGGUCUGUUUAAGGUAAAACUUUAGAAUGUGUAAGCUGUGUAAUAUAUUAAAUAACACAAAGCCACCAUUAUUUUUUUGUUAUAUGGUAACUUGUGUGUCUAAUGUUUUUAAGUUCAUUGUAUUUAUUCACAGCAUGUGGAUACUGGUUAAAUGAUUUGGUGUUGAGUCGAAAGGAUUUUACCAUGAGUCCUGUCAGCUGUAUUCCACUGAAGCAUAUAUACCUUACCUGAAACCCAGGUAUACUUGUUUGGGUGAAUUGCUGUGUUGCUGUGCCGCCAGUGUCCUUGGUGUUGGUUUCAGCUUAUGUCAGAAUUAGAAUCAGAAUUCUUUUAAUUGCCAAGUAUAUUUACACAUACAGAAAAUUGCCUUGGUGUGGUUGGUGCAUUGGACAUAAAACAACAAUAUAAACAUCUUGACAAAUGGACCCGGACAGAAAUGAAACCAUAUUUAUUGUGCACAUAGAUAGAUAGAUAGAUAGAUGGAUACUUUAUUAAUCCCGUGGGAAAUUCAGAUCAUUGAGUAGCUUGUACACUUCACUGACAUACAUACAUAAAUAACAUAUGGAGAACAUAUUUACAGAUACCUGCCUUUAUUCACUUCUCUUUGGACUCUGACAGGGGGAGGAUCAUGAUUUCAGUGAGUGUGGUGAAAUGAUCCCAAGUGGCUUGAGCUUUGUAAGUAAAAGGACAAAGUUUGAUGCUGAACUUGCAUGUUUUUUAAGAUAGUGGUAGGUCAACAGCUGCUAAUGUAACAAAAAAUUAAAUAUAAGAUUUAAUUUGUUUGGUAAAUAAGGUUACAUUGAAACCCUGCAAAACUAUUUGCGCACACACAAUGCUCACAGACCUAUGUCCUUAUAAAAUCAAUAAAUUAGCUUAAGGGUCAAGAAUGUUCAAAUAUAAUGAAAAUCUGUUGUGUGAUUAGACCCUUCCAAACCCUUGGUUUAUUGUAUAGGGUCAAAGACAAAAACAGAGUAGAGGUCCCAUUUAUUUAGGUAUCAUAAAUAAUCUCUCAUAUUCAAACCACUACUUCAGGUGAUUUUCAGUUGCAUAAACCUGUUGGUCAGCCCUUCUCCCACAAUGGUUGGCUGCAUCACUCACCCUUUACCACAUCCAUCAGAAGGAGGUUAUCUGUCAUCAGCCAUGUCUUACACAAAAUCCAUGAGCCUAAAUUGCAAAAAUUGUGUUUAAACAGAACAGUUCAACAAAUCUGAAAAGAAAAUGCAUACAAUUAUUUGAGGGAACGUGGAAUUAAGAGCAAAGUAUUGUGAAAAGCCGGGGGACAUGUUUCAGAGUUCAAUAUUUUGAAAGAUGGUGUAGUUGUAACAUGUCCUUGGAGUUUGUCUGAUAAAAAUACAUUGUGUAUAAAUCCA